UGUGUUUCCACAGCCCAGAGCCAGGGAACCAGCCACACUGCCUGGCCCCUUCUGUGAACAACAGAAGCGGCGCUGAAGGCAACAGGAGUCGGAGCGCUAUUCAUUGCAGGAAGCCCCAGCAUCCGGUGAGGAAUAAGAAGCAGGAGAGCACAGGAUGCUCUCUGGGUCAGGGGACUUCCCUGAAGCACACGGAGCUGCUCAGCCCUCAGCUCCCUCCAGAGUGCUGCUGGCCGCCGAGCUUGGGUGGUGGCUGUCGCGGUGGGGAGUCUAGCCUCACCCGAGGGGGCCACCGAGGACAGGAUGGCCGCUUCUGCAGACCUGCUGCUGCUGCCGCUGCUGCUGCUGGCCCAGGGCUGGCUGGGAGCCGGAGCCGGUUCCGAAGCGGUGGUGUGCGCCGCCACCGCCUGCUACCAGGCGCACUGGGGCAAGCUGAGCGCCGCCGAGGCCCAGGAGCAGUGCCGCAAGGACGGGGGCAACCUGGCCACCGUGAAGAGCGAGGAGGAGGCCCGGCACGUCCAGAAGGCCCUGGCCCGGCUCCUGAGAACCAAGGCCACCCUGGAAAUGAAGAUGGGCAGGUUUUGGAUCGGACUCCAGCGAGAGAAGGGCAAGUGCCAGAGCUCCAGCCUGCCCCUGAAGGGCUUCGUCUGGGUGGACGGCGAGGAGGAGACGGUCUAUUCGAACUGGUACAAAGAAGUGAAAGGAUCCUGCAUCUCUGCGCGCUGUGUGUCCCUGCUGCAGGACCUGUCCCUGACACCUCACCCGAGCCACCUGCCCAGGUGGUCCGACAGCCCCUGCGGGAGCCCGGGCUCUCCAGUAAGCAACAUCGAAGGGUUCCUAUGUAAGUUCAACUUCAAAGGCAUGUGUAAGCCCCUGUCCCUGGGAGGCCCAGGCCAGGUGACCUACACUGCCCCUUUCCAGGCCACCACCUCCUCCCUGGAGGCUGUGCCCUUUGGCACUGCGGCCGAUGUGGUCUGUGAGGACGAGACUGAGAGGAAGAGCCAUUAUUUCAUAUGUAAGGAAAAGACGCCAGGUGUGUUUGACUGGGGCAGCUCGGGACCCCUCUGUGUCACCCCCAAGUAUGGCUGCAACUUCAAUAAUGGGGGCUGUCAGCAGGACUGCUUCGAAGGGGGUGAUGGUUCAUUCCACUGUGGGUGCAGGCCUGGCUUCCAGCUGCUGGACGACCUAGUGACCUGUAUCUCCCGGAAUCCUUGCAGCUCCAGUCCAUGCAAAGGACAGGCCACGUGUGUCCCUUUGUCCCAGUGGGGAAACUACACGUGUCACUGCCCUCUGGGCUACCAGCUAGACUCAAGCCAAUUGAAUUGUGUGGAUGUGGACGAGUGCCGGGAUUCCCCCUGUGAUCAAGAGUGUGUCAACACCCCUGGGGGCUUCUACUGUGAAUGCUGGGUGGGCUACCAGCCUGGUGGCUCCGAGGUGGAAGCCUGUAGAGAUGUGGACGAGUGCGCUGCCGGUCAGUCGCCCUGUGCCCAGGGCUGUAUCAACACCAACGGCUCCUUUUACUGUGAUUGUGAGCAGGGCUAUGUCUUGUCUGGGGAAGACGGCACGCAGUGUGAGGACGUGGAUGAGUGUCUGGACCCCAGGGGCAGCCCUUGUACUAACGGCGUCUGCAUCAACACAAAUGGCUCCUUCUACUGUGGUUGCCAGCCUGGUUCGAAGCUGACUCCCAAUGGGAACAUUUGUAUCUCGGACCUUACGUCCUCAGAACUACCAGCCAGGUUUCCCCAAGAGCGUGGUGAAGGAGACGGAGAGAGGAGCACAUCGCCUCUUGCUGCAGUGUCCAGUCCCACUAGGGGCUCUGAGGGCCUCUCCAGGGGCACAUCCACCACGAGGGGGCCCCUCUUCCCAUCUGAAGAUGCCACUGCCUCCACCUCACUGGAGAUGUUGGCCUUCAGUGGGCCGGCUGGCAUCUGGACAGAGAUAGGCACCCACCUUCCCACAGCCACCAGCACUAGCAAAUCCACAGAGAAAGAUUCUGUGGCCACAUUAAGUGAUGACGGCACCGAUGACGGCCAGAAGCUGCUUCUGUUUUACAUCCUGGGCACUGUAGUGGCCAUCUCUCUCCUGCUAGCCCUGGCCCUUGGGCUUCUGAUCUACCGCAAGCGAAGAGCCAAAAGAGAGGAGAUCAAGAAGCCCCAAAACGCUGCCGACAGCUAUUCCUGGGUCCCAGAGCGAGCGGAGAGUCGGGCCCUAGAGAAUCAAUACAGCCCAACACCUGGGACAGACUGCUGAAGGCCAGGUGACUCCAGAAAACAUGCAUAGUCAGCUGCCUCCUUCCUUGGAGCUUUAAACUCCCUAACAGAAGGGGAGACCCACAUCCUUCCGAAAGACUGGACUGGAAUCUCAGUGUGUGCCUUCCCUUAAGAACCUGGUGAUCUGGGAAGCACAGGUAUUUCCUAGGUGCAUCUGAUAUUUUUGAAAAGGAAGCUGUGUGCUGGCCUGUCACUGUAGGGGUGCUGUGAAUAUUGACAGAUCUCAUUCACUCACCUUUUCAAAUCAAAAAAAGUGACUAAUUUUAUUUCUGUCCCUGCUUCUGGAUAAGGGUGUGAGGCGUCAUCAAGUCCUUUUCAAAGGCUUUUCUGAUCUCUUCAUUCAUCGGAGAAGAGGAGGCAAAGAGGCGGCUGCUGGUGCUAAUUAAGAUAGAAACAGUUAGUUUCUUUUCACAUGACAGCGAUGGAGUCAUUUAUUUAAUUGUGUAAGAAGUAGGUUGUUUUUCCUCCCCCAAAGGGAACAUAGCCAGAACUGGAAGCCUUUGUCUCACUUACCUUCCUGCAUUCCCCCCUGGAUUCCCUCAGUAUUGUUGAAACUGCAAGCAGGCAGGAAGUUCAGACUGCGCAUCCCCCAAGUUUCUGACUUUCUGGUAAUCUUGGGUCAUUGGCAAGUGAAGUUGGAAAAAUAUGAGGAAAGUUGCUUCAAGUGAGUGUGAGUGAGUGAAAGGCUUUGGUAACCGCAUAUCCUAAUAUAUGGGGGUGGGUCAGGGUUUUCUUUCACAGAUACUUGAAUUAAUUUAUCUCAAUGGAUUGAUGUUAACACACACUUGACUACUGAUGAGAUGAGAAAAAAAUCCAACAGGGUCAGGUUGCCUUUGAGCCAGCGCAGGCGGCCAGUCAGCCUAGAGGCUGCCCUGCCUUCACUUACACUGCCCCUGAUUACAGGAGCAGGAAGCCCCAAAGGCCUUUCCUUGCGAUUGUAUCUAAAGGAUGUGUGAGCAAGGACGAUAGGCUGUGUUUUGAAAACUGUCAUUUUAGAGUCAUUUAGCACAGCUCAUAGCCAAGAGUGCAUUUGCAGAACUGGAACCCCGCCCUGUGGGCGCGGCCCGCCACCAACUCAGGGAUCAGUCACACAGGAUGCUCAAGGCGACUUUUUGUGUUCCUGUCCAGUUGUCUUGCUUAAAAAAGGAGGUGAGGAAGAAAGGGCGAGGCGAAGAGAGAAUAACUGAAAUAUUUUCUACCAGUUAAAACCGCUUAGAGCCAUUAUCAUUUAAAUCAUUAUUUCAAAGUGUACAGUCACAAAAAUGCCUAUUAUGGGUAAUGGCACUCCUGCGGCACAGCUUGCUCUGUCUCUGGCCUGGGAAGCAGCCCUGGUGUGUCACCUCAGCAUCCCUGGGAACUCUCAGGUCUCGUGAAGGGUUUUCUGCUGCUUCUAUGUUAGGAAAGCUGAGAGAAGGACCAUGUCUCCUUCCCAAGAUUACAAAAUCUCUGCUUUCAGAGCAGAGAGCCCCAUUGUUUCCAAUUUCAAACACAUCUAUCCCAGAGAUGGUAGGAGAUGAAUAACCACCAGGUUCAAAGCCUUCAGAGUUAAGAAAAUAUCCUUUGUCAACUUUAAAAUGCAGAUGCUUUUGUUUGGAAUAUAUAUAUUUUUGUAUUUUUUUAAAAAACUAAAAACCCAAGGUAGGUGGGGGAAUAAUGGGAGAAAGAUGGAGACUGAGCUCCUGGGGUGCUUGAAACUUCUGAUUAAACAAAAAUCACCCGAUGAUGCAACUUUCAGAUGGGACUCGACACGUAAGGGAGGCCAGGGCUGAGUCCAAAUGACAGAAAACUUCACUGGCCCUAGAACCGCCCCCACCCGCAGUCUGUUGAGAUUGGCAGUUAAUUGCAUGGAAAUCAGCAGCAGACAGUCAGAUGGCUCUGAGGCAUGCCAAUAUUUGCAUCUAAAUGAAGUGGAGGAAAUGCAGCACCCUUACCCACAGUCCUUUCAGUUUUCACUCUGAUCUUUUGGGGUGAGGAAGACAUGCUUAAUGUAGAUUUCUCAUAGCCCUUAUGUGGUCUGUACUCAGCAUCUGUGGGCCUUGAAUUGGCCAAGGCCAUUUUGGGCUCUCUUGUCUUCACAGUGUUCUGAUUUGACACAGAGCCCAGCCCUAUUUUUCUGGUCCAUGUUCGAAUUCUACUAGGCUAGGUGGUGUCACACAGCUCCAUCCUCAAUACCAGGGGCACCAUGGAUCUCCUCGGUGGGACCACACUGGGGGAGGGGUUGAUAAUGAGUAUGGUUUCUCAAAGCGUAUCAGCAUGGCCUAUGAGCAGUUCACAUCUGGGAGCCCCAAACUUAUGUAGUGAGGCUGAUGAAAUUGAAUGGCAGUCCUCAAACAGAGAGAUGUCUUACUCUCCCAUCCACUCCUGCACUCAUGUUUAAGGUUAGACAGUUCUUGGUUAAGGGGGCUAACUGGUCAAGUAAUGGAUAAACAAAUGCCCAUCAGCAAAGUGGCUGCUGUUUAUCCAAAGGGGCACUGGAUUGCUCUGCCAUGCCCUGCCUGUCCCCCACCCCCCAACAUUUUCAGUAAGCCUGAGCAGCACGAUCAGCCUCUGCCUGUGAGGACAGGAGACAGUUCCACUUGGCCAUAGAAUUUUCCUUAGUUCUGAAAUGCAGAAAUGUUCUUGGAAAAGCUAUGUUUAAAUUCAUCUUCUUUUACCUUCCCUUCUUCCAAAGCAGAUAGUGUAAGGAAGUGGCUUCUUAUAUCUACAGCUCUGAUAUCCCUCACCCGUCCCCCAGCCCUUUCUGUGGGGCUAGCGAUGGAACUCAGGGGUGUACCUGUGCUGCACGACAGCUCCUGUCUCUGAGCUAGACCCCUAGCCACUGCACUGCCUCCAAGUAAUCUGUAGAGUUUUCAGAACAAAGUGGACCCACAAAUGCCUUCAAGGGACUCUGAACACCCUUUGUUCAGUAAUGUAAGAGCAAUGAGAUCCAGUUUGGCAUUGAAGCAAAAACGACUGUAUUUGCUUUCUGGCUUUGGUUUCCCGCACAUCCUCAUUACCCUCAUCCUUGCCUCUGCCACAGCACCUUGCUGCACACCACCGAGUCACUUCCUUGGGGACAGAAGAGCUCAGAAAGAAGAGAGGCAGACUGACAGCUGCCAGCCCUGCAAGUCCCUCUUAUCCAUUGACAGCAGGAAACUUCUGGGAGGGCCCAUCCUGACACCUUCCCCAGAAUAAGGGGGAAUGUGGAAUAAAAGUUAAACAUUUCUGUAUGAGUGCUUAGCUAUUCUGUAUAGGAAAAACUGCUUAGUUCUCCUCAGAGAGUUUCUAUUCUUUUCACUGACCAUGAGCCCUUGCAGGGGAAUAUUAUCACCAAGCAACCUUUCAAAGAAUGGAUGGAUCAUUAGGUCCUAAUGUUCCAAUCCUCUUUUGCCAUAAAUACUUCUGGGAAAACCAACAGAACAGAAGUGAUAUUUGACCAAAAAUGUUACUAAAUUCAAAAUAACAGAGGUUUUUUUUUUUUUUUUUUUAAAGACUAAUAUAGGAAAGCCUUUCCUAUUAUUCUUCUUCUUAGCUUCUCCAUUGUCUCAAUCAGGAAAACAGGAAAGCAUUGCUUUCUAGCACCUGUGAAAUGGUUUAAAUACCCCCACAUAUUUCCAUAGCCUUCAACAAUAGAUUUAACAUGGGAAUCUGUGAUAUGAGCCCUGAACACAUCUGUUCUUUCCCUGGCUCCCAACACUAAACCUGUGUGGUUUGUGAAGCUUGUCAACCAAACACAGGGGAAGAUAAUUAUUCCAUGUGUCUAUAGAUUCAAUGACCAAAUAUCCAAUGUCCUUUCCACCCCUACACCAAUUCCUGGGAUAAAACACUCAUCUGUUUGUUGGAAAGUAAGAAGCAAGUAGUAAUUUGCUCUGUCCUUGGAGACAGUGGUCAUCUAGUGUAGGUAGAAACUUGGACUUUGCAUUUUGAACCAUUCUCCUGGCCUGUACGGUGGCCAGUGUGAUGUCUUUCCAUAGUGUUAACAUGCUAUUUCCUUGUGCUGAACUUCGUUAGUGGAUCUGGCUUAAGCUUGAAUUAGAUAGUGGCCAGGGUCUAAUUUUCUGAUGUGACAUGCAUCAUACAGUAUGCUCACAGUAAGGUGAGAUGCUCAUAGUGUAACAUGAGCAUUCUGAUGUUGCAUACAUACCUGUACAUGUUGGUAAUCAUGUCCGGAACCCUCAAUGAGAAUGUAAAUAUUUUAAAACAUGUGUAUUUGGGAUUUGUUUCACUGAUUCUGGACCUGUGGCAUUUCUAGGCUGCGGGAGGGGUGGUCCACAGGCAAGCUUUUCCUCGGAGCUCCCCAAAAAAGAAGUACCCUGAGGGGGACCUUCGGGUCACUUUUAAGAAGUCACAACUUUGCCAUACUUUGAGCUUUCUGUUAUGUACCUGUCUCAAUAAACUCUGAAACAUA